UUUGAGAAGGAGGGGAGGAGUCAGGCUGGGUCGGCAGGGAGCUGCGGGUUUGUUUAGCUCGUAAGGCGCCAGAGCUGGUGACGUCCAAUGUGUACCACCUCAUCCCUUGGCGCACCCCUCCCCCCUCACUGGUACCCAAGCUUUAUCAGUUCCUUUCUGGGCUGUGACAGUCUUCGCAAUCUGAAGCACCUGGUAUUUAUCUGUGCAGGCUUUGAGGAGUUAACUGUGAAUAUGACACAGCCCCUGCUUUCUCCUCUGAUUGAGAAGUUAGACAGGUUCCCCUCUCCAAGAUGGGUGCCAAAUGAUGUCUGUAAGGUGUUCAUUGAUGAGAUUUGGGGAGCAUCCCAGACCUUAACAGCCCUUUGAUUGAGUCCCCUCACAUGUGGCAGCGGCAAUAAAAGGGGUAGCCCAGCUCCCAGCCCUCACCGUGGUGUUGAGUGCCUGCUGCCUUGGCUGCCUCGGACCUCCAAGAUUUCUAGUCCCUCAUCUUCCACCUCUCAGUGCCACCACCAUGAUGGAUAUGAGUGAACUCGGGGAGUCUGCCCCCUACCUCCGCCAGGCCCACCAGGAGCUGAUGAAAGUACACACUGUUGCAUGGGAUGGGAAGAAGCGGGUUUGGGUACCUGAUGAGCGUGAUGCCUACGUGGAGGCAGAGAUAAAAUCUGAAGCUACGGGGGGCAAAGUCAACGUGGAGACCAAAGACCAGAAGAUGCUGAUGGUACGCGAGGCGGAGCUGCAUCCCAUGAACCCUCCCCGCUUCGACUUGCUGGAAGACAUGUCCAUGAUGACGCACCUCAACGAGGCAACUGUGCUGCACAACCUCCGCCAGCGUUACGCUCGCUGGAUGAUCUACACGUACUCAGGCCUCUUCUGUGUUACCAUCAACCCCUACAAAUGGCUCCCGGUCUACACGGCCUCCGUGGUGGCGGCCUACAAGGGGAAGCGCCGCUCGGAGGCCCCUCCCCACAUAUACGCGGUGGCGGAUAAUGCCUACAAUGACAUGCUGCGCAACAGAGAUAACCAGUCCAUGCUGAUCACCGGAGAGUCGGGGGCCGGUAAAACGGUUAACACCAAGCGGGUCAUUCAGUACUUUGCCAUCGUCGCCGCCCUGGGAGACGGGCCGGGCAAGAAGGCCCAAGUUCUGGCCACAAAGACGGGGGGCACCCUUGAGGACCAAAUCAUUGAGGCAAACCCUGCUAUGGAGGCUUUUGGCAACGCCAAGACCCUGCGGAACGACAAUUCCUCUCGUUUUGGCAAGUUCAUCCGCAUUCACUUCGGUCCCUCUGGGAAGCUGGCAUCCGCAGAUAUCGACAGCUAUCUCCUGGAGAAGUCGCGGGUGAUCUUCCAGCUGCCUGGUGAGCGUGGCUACCAUGUGUACUACCAGAUCCUCUCAGGGAAGAAGCCAGAGCUGCAGGACAUGCUGCUUCUGUCGAUGAAUCCCUACGACUACCACUUCUGCAGCCAGGGUGUCAUCACCGUGGACAACAUGAACGACGGGGAGGAGCUCAUGGCUACUGACCAUGCCAUGGACAUCCUGGGCUUCAGUGUGGACGAGAAGUGUGCCUGCUAUAAGAUCGUGGGCGCGCUCCUGCACUUCGGCAACAUGAAGUUCAAGCAGAAGCAGCGGGAGGAGCAGGCUGAGGCCGAUGGCACUGAGAGUGCUGACAAGGCUGCUUACCUGAUGGGGGUCAGCAGUGGGGACCUCCUCAAAGGCCUUCUGCACCCCCGAGUGCGUGUAGGGAAUGAGUACGUGACCAAGGGCCAGAGUGUGGAGCAGGUGGUGUUUGCCGUGGGGGCUCUGGCCAAGACCACCUACGACCGACUAUUCCGGUGGCUGGUGUCAAGGAUCAACCAGACGCUGGACACGAAGCUGCCCCGCCAAUUCUUCAUUGGGGUCCUGGACAUCGCUGGUUUUGAGAUCUUUGAGUUUAACAGCUUCGAGCAGCUGUGCAUCAACUUCACCAACGAGAAGCUGCAGCAGUUCUUCAACCAGCACAUGUUCGUGCUGGAGCAGGAGGAGUACAAGCGGGAGGGCAUUGACUGGGUCUUCAUUGACUUCGGCCUGGACCUGCAGCCCUGCAUUGACCUCAUCGAGAAGCCGCUGGGCAUCCUGUCCAUCCUGGAGGAGGAAUGCAUGUUCCCCAAGGCCUCCGAUGCCAGCUUCCGGGCCAAACUCUAUGAUAACCACUCUGGGAAGUCGCCCAACUUCCAGCAGCCUCGGCCUGACAAGAAGCGCAAGUACCAGGCCCACUUUGAGGUCGUCCACUAUGCAGGCGUGGUGCCUUACAGCAUCGUGGGCUGGCUGGAGAAAAACAAGGAUCCUCUGAAUGAGACAGUGGUCCCCAUCUUCCAGAAGUCACAGAACAAGCUCUUGGCUACCCUCUAUGAGAACUACAGUGGCUCCUGCUCCACUGAGCCCCCCAAAUCUGGAGUGAAGGAAAAGCGUAAGAAGGCAGCAUCAUUCCAGACUGUGUCCCAGCUGCAUAAGGAGAACCUCAACAAGCUGAUGACCAACCUGCGGGCCACGCAGCCCCACUUCGUCCGUUGCAUUGUCCCCAAUGAGAACAAGACUCCAGGGGUCAUGGAUGCCUUCUUGGUGCUACACCAGCUUCGCUGCAACGGGGUUCUGGAGGGGAUCCGGAUCUGCCGCCAAGGGUUCCCCAACAGGCUGCUCUACACAGACUUCCGGCAGCGGUACCGCAUCCUGAACCCCAGCGCCAUCCCGGACGACACCUUUGUGGACAGCAGGAAGGCCACAGAGAAGCUGCUGGGUUCUCUGGACAUCGACCACAUCCAGUACCAGUUUGGCCACACCAAGGUGUUCUUCAAGGCUGGGCUUCUAGGCGUCCUGGAGGAACUCCGCGACCAGCGCCUGGCCAAGGUCCUGACACUGCUGCAGGCUCGGAGCCGGGGCCACCUCAUGCGCCUUGAAUACCAGCGCCUGCUUGGAGGCAGGGAGGCCCUGUUCACCAUCCAGUGGAACAUCCGUGCCUUCAAUGCUGUCAAGAAUUGGUCAUGGAUGAAGCUCUUUUUCAAGAUGAAGCCACUGCUGCGCUCAGCACAGGCCGAGGAGGAGCUGGCAGCACUGCGGGCAGAGCUGCGGGGGCUGCGAGGCACCCUGGCCGCUGCUGAGGCCAAGCACCGGGAGCUGGAGGAGACACACGUCAGCGUCACCCAGGAGAAGAAUGACCUGGCUCUGCAGCUGCAGGCAGAGCAGGAUAACUUGGCGGAUGCUGAGGAGCGCUGCCACCUGCUGAUCAAGUCCAAGGUGCAGCUCGAGGCAAAGGUGAAGGAACUUAGCGAGCGGCUAGAGGACGAAGAGGAGGUGAACGCUGACCUGGCUGCCCGCCGGCGCAAACUGGAGGACGAGUGCACAGAGCUCAAGAAGGACAUUGAUGACCUGGAGCUGACGCUGGCCAAGGCCGAGAAGGAAAAGCAAGCCACUGAGAACAAGGUGAAGAACCUGACAGAGGAGAUGGCAGCACUGGACGAGUCAGUGGUCCGAGUGACCAAGGAGAAGAAGGCGUUGCAGGAGGCCCACCAGCAAGCCCUGGGUGACCUGCAGGCCGAGGAGGACCGUGUGAAUGCACUGGCCAAGGCCAAGAUCCGGCUGGAGCAGCAGGUGGAAGAUCUGGAGUGCUCCCUGGAGCAGGAGAAGAAGCUGCGCAUAGACACGGAGCGGGCCAAGCGCAAGCUGGAGGGUGACCUCAAGCUGACACAGGAAUCAGUGACAGACGCUGCCCAGGACAAGCAGCAGCUGGAGGAAAAGCUCAAGAAGAAGGACUCUGAGUUGAGUCAGUUGAACCUGCGGGUGGAGGAUGAGCAGCUCCUCGGGGCCCAGCUGCAGAAGAAGAUCAAGGAGCUGCAGGCUCGGGCAGAGGAGCUGGAAGAGGAGCUGGAGGCGGAGCGGGCAGCCCGGGCCCGCGUAGAGAAGCAGCGGGCAGAGGCAGCUCAGGAGCUGGAGGAGCUGAGUGAGCGGCUGGAGGAGGCUGGCGGUGCAUCAGCUGGGCAGCGUGAGGGCUGCCGAAAGCGGGAGGCCGAGCUGGGGCGGCUGCGGCGGGAACUGGAAGAGGCAGCACUGCGGCACGAAGCCACGGUGGCCACCCUGAGGCGCAAGCAGGCGGACAGUGCAGCCGAGCUGGGCGAGCAGGUGGACAGUCUGCAGCGGGUGCGGCAGAAGCUGGAAAAGGAGAAGAGUGAGCUCCGCAUGGAGGUGGACGAUCUGGGUGCCAAUGUUGAGAUGCUGGCCCGUGGCAAGGCCAGUGCAGAGAAGCUGUGCCGGACCUAUGAAGAUCAGCUCAGUGAGGCCAAGAUUAAGGUGGAGGAGCUGCAGCGGCAGUUGGCAGACGCAAGCACCCAGCGUGGGCGGCUGCAGACUGAAAGCGGGGAGCUAAGCCGCCUGCUGGAGGAGAAGGAGUCUCUGAUCAGCCAGCUGAGUCGUGGGAAGGCCUCGGCCACGCAGAGCCUGGAAGAACUGCGGAGGCAGCUAGAGGAGGAGAGCAAGGCCAAGAGUGCGCUGGCCCACGCCGUGCAGGCUUUACGGCAUGACUGUGACCUCCUGCGAGAGCAGCACGAGGAGGAGGCCGAAGCGCAGGCUGAGCUGCAGCGCCUGCUAUCCAAGGCCAAUGCUGAGGUGGCCCAGUGGCGGAGCAAGUACGAGGCAGAUGCCAUCCAGAGGACCGAGGAACUGGAGGAGGCCAAAAAGAAGCUGGCACUGCGGCUGCAGGAGGCAGAGGAGGGAGUAGAGGCCGCACACGCUAAGUGCUCAUCCCUGGAGAAGGCCAAGUUGCGGCUGCAGACAGAGUCGGAGGACGUGACCCUGGAGCUGGAGCGGGCAACCUCAGCGGCUGCCGCGCUGGAUAAGAAGCAGCGGCACUUGGAGCGGGCCCUGGAAGAGCGGCGGCGGCAGGAGGAGGAGAUGCAGCGCGAGCUGGAGGCAGCCCAGAGGGAGGCGCGCAGCCUGGGGACUGAGCUCUUCCGGCUGCGGCACAGCCAUGAGGAGGCUCUUGAGGCUCUGGAGACAGUCAAGCGAGAGAACAAGAACCUGCAGGAGGAGAUCAGUGACCUCGCAGACCAGGUCAGCCUCAGCGGGAAGAGCAUCCAGGAGCUAGAGAAAGCCAAGAAGGCGCUGGAAGGGGAGAAGAGUGAACUCCAGGCUGCACUGGAGGAGGCAGAGGGGGCCCUGGAGCUGGAGGAGACCAAAACGCUGCGGAUCCAGCUGGAGCUAUCCCAGGUCAAGGCUGAAGUGGACCGGAAACUGGCCGAGAAAGACGAGGAGUGCGCUAACCUAAGGCGCAACCAUCAGCGGGCAGUGGAGUCCCUGCAGGCCUCCCUGGAUGCAGAGACACGGGCCCGAAACGAGGCGCUGCGGCUCAAGAAGAAGAUGGAAGGUGACCUCAACGAUCUAGAGCUGCAGUUAGGCCAUGCCACCCGCCAGGCCAUGGAGGCCCAGGCAGCCACACGGCUGCUGCAGGCCCAGCUCAAGGAGGAGCAGGCAGGGCGGGAUGAGGAGCAGCGCUUAGCAGCCGAGCUCCGCGAGCAGGCACAGGCCUUGGAGCGGCGGGCUGCGCUGCUGGCCUCGGAGCUGGAAGAGCUGCGGGCUGCCCUGGAGCAGGGUGAGCGCAGCAGGCGGCUGGCAGAACAGGAGCUGCUGGAGGCCACCGAGCGCCUCAACCUCCUGCAUUCACAGAACACAGGCCUCCUGAACCAGAAAAAGAAGCUAGAGGCGGAUUUGGCCCAGCUGAGUGGGGAGGUGGAGGAGGCUGCCCAGGAGAGGCGGGAGGCUGAAGAGAAGGCCAAAAAGGCCAUCACUGAUGCAGCCAUGAUGGCCGAGGAGCUGAAGAAGGAGCAGGACACGAGCGCACACCUGGAACGGAUGAAGAAGACACUGGAGCAGACAGUGAGGGAGCUACAAGCACGGCUGGAGGAGGCAGAACAAGCUGCCCUCCGUGGUGGGAAGAAGCAGGUGCAGAAGUUGGAGGCUAAGGUGCGGGAGCUGGAGGCUGAACUGGAUGCAGAGCAGAAGAAGCACGCCGAGGCCCUCAAGGGGGUGCGGAAACAUGAGCGCAGAGUCAAGGAGCUUGCAUACCAGGCUGAGGAGGACAGGAAGAACCUGGCUCGCAUGCAGGACCUGGUGGACAAGCUACAGAGCAAGGUCAAGAGUUACAAACGCCAGCUUGAGGAGGCGGAGCAGCAGGCCAACACUAACCUGGCCAAGUAUCGCAAAGCCCAGCACGAGUUGGAUGAUGCGGAGGAGCGAGCCGACAUGGCAGAAACCCAGGCCAACAAGCUGAGGGCACGGACCCGGGAUGCCCUGGGCCCCAAGCACAGGAGUGAUGCCUGAGCCCCACCCCGGCUCUGAGAAGUACGCCUGCUGUUUGCUACUCACCUUCCUCCAGCUGAGAUGUCCUCAUUUGCUGUGCCUCAGCACCCCCAAGGCUUCUAUACCCUGAACAAAUGCCAUGGCUGCAGCUCCAGCUGGCUUCCUCCUUCUUUGUUCGGCUCAGGAGGGCAAGGGAGAGCUCACGGUCCCAUGGACAAAAGUCAGGUCCACAUCAAUCAUUUAAAAUAAAGUUCUUUUUAAUA